CGCUGGGUUGUCGACAUCUGCUGUCAGGAGCUUCACCGAGCACCACCGCCACCAUCAUCAUCCUCCUCAUCAUCCUCCCCACCCCUCAACCUCUCCCUGCGGGAACAACAAUAUCCAGCUCCUAACAUUCCCAAUUUGGAAUUGCAAAUCCUCGCCAAAGGACCCAGUUUGAGCGGCACGAGCCACGUUGUUUCUUUAAUGGCGUCAGAAACGCGUCUCGCGCUCGCGUUGUCGUACGGGAGGUAUGGCGGCUAAUCAGACGCUCCGUGAAUCCGCAUCAGUCCGUUUUUCAAUGCAUGCGUUUGAUACGAUUGCAACACGGUCGUUAAAGCGUAACGCCGAUCUUUAAUAGUCGUUCAGAAGACGCGUACGCGCGUAAACGCUGCGCAAAUAGCCUAAUCAAAUCGCAGGUGUCGUUGCAAACGGGAUUAAGCGAUGAAAUUCAAUUUUAAAAUGCACGACGGGCGGAUUUGAAAGCGCUGGGUGCAUUGGUGCGCGUUUGUAAUUAGCGGGUGCUGAAAGGUCUGGGGAGAGUUUGAGGUGGUCCACACCCCGUCAUCGUUCCAGCCAUGUCCCCUCCAGCAUCCGCUGCGACAGCCAGUGAGAGCAGCACCACCACUGUGUUCGAGGACGACCCAGACGGCACUAGAGAGGAGCAGAGGCCUGUGAAACAGUCACUGAGCAAGUCCAUGUGCAGAGAGGUGUUCUGGAAAUGCCUGCUGCUGUCCAUGCUCAUGUACGGCUGCAUGGGAGCUAUGGUGUGGUGCCACGUCACCAAGGUCACCCGCUUGACCUUUGACAGUGCCUACAAAGGGAAGUCCAUGAUGUAUCAUGACAGUCCCUGCUCCGACGGCUACAUCUACAUCCCCCUGGCCUUCCUCAUCAUGCUUUACGUUGUUUACCUAGUGGAGUGCUGGCACUGCCAUGCCAGAAAUGAGCUUCAGUAUAAAGUCCAAGUGGAGGGGAUUUACGAAAGAGUCCAGAGGAUGCAGCAGGCCAAGCCUUGCAUCUGGUGGAAGGCCAUCAGCUACCAUUACGUGCGGCGGACACGGCAAGUCACGAGGUACCGCAACGGAGACGCGUACACCACCACGCAGGUGUAUCACGAGAGGGUGAACACGCAUGUAGCCGAGGCCGAGUUCGACUACGGCCACUGUGGAGUUAAGGACGUCUCCAAGCAGCUUGUCGGUCUGGAAAAGUCAGCCAUCACCAAACUGAGGUUCACCAAGUGCUUUAGCUUCGCCAACGUGGAGUCCGAAAACUCCUAUUUGACCCAACGAGCAAGAUUCUUCACCGACAACGAAGGUUUAGAUGAUUACAUGGAGGCUCGGGAGGGGAUGCACCUGAAAAACGUAGACUUCAAAGAGUAUAUGAUUGCCUUCUCCAAUCCUGACCACCAUCCUUGGUACAUCUCCAAUUAUGUCUUCUGGACAGCGGCCUUUCUUACCUUAUCCUGGCCAUUACGGGUGCUGACGGAGUACCGCACGGCCUACGUCCAUUACCGUGUGGAAAAGCUCUUUGGUGCCGACUACAUACCUGUGACGCCCUGCGAUGAGAGACCUUACUGUAGACGCAUCCCAAGGGUCAACACUAUUGACAGCACCGAACUGGAGUGGCACAUUCGCUCCAACCAGCAGCUGGUGCCCAGCUACUCCGAAGCGGGUCUGAUGGACCUGGCGCAACGUUCGGGAGGCGUCCGGCAGAACUGUGAACGCUGCCAUCGUGCCAUCAGCAGCUCUUCCGUGUUUUCCCGCAGCGCCCUCAGCAUCUGCAACGGCAGUCCGAGGAUUCCCUUCAGCGGGAGUCGCUUCUCCUUGGGAAGGCUUUAUGGUUCCCGUCGCAGUUGCUUCUGGAGGAGCGGGAGCGGCAGUCUGGACGAACCAGAGAGCCCAAGCGAGAACACGCGAUGCCUGUCCGGGCGGAUCAAUGUUGACGAGGACGACCCACCGCCCUACCAGGACGCGCUGUAUUUCCCGGUGCUUAUCGUCCAUUGCAGUGAGAGUUGCCCCAAUCAUCGCUCUUUCCAUAGGAACGGCUCGUGCGUGGAGACGUCUUUAUGAUAGACCCCUGUCCACUGAAUGAAGUUCAAAAGACUUGAGAGUCUUUCCGAUGAUGCAGAAAAAUCUCAAUACCGGAUGCGUCCUGUUACUCAGGAAUCAUUUAUUGGCCCUCAACACUGUACGCUUUCAACGGUGGAUGGAGCAAUUGAGAAACAACUCCAAUAAUGCAUAUUAAUAGCAAUAAUGCAAACAAAGCAUUGGAGUUCUUGGUACAAGUAAUAGUUUUGAUUAACUUGCGCUCAAGACGGCAAAAACGGCCUGAUGUUGUUCCACGUGUUCUCGACAGCUAUAAAGAACGACGGCCACAGAGCAAAAACCCGGUCUUUUUUCUACAAGUAUGACCAUUUUCACCUUUAUGGACCUUCUUAAAUGUUGCACUUGAAGUUACACCGUUCAAAUCAUCUGUAAAAGAAUGUUACUUUGUUUCUCUCAUGUAGUGGAUUUCAUUGGCCCAUGAAAUGUACGGUUUACAUUCACGCAAGAACACUCCUCACGUGCGGGAGAACAAUAUCAUGGGUUAUUUGUACUUUUAUUGUGAUUUAACUGUAUCAGGCAGAACUAUAUACAAUUACGAACUAUUAUGGCGAUGUUUGCAACACUAUCUCAAACCACUUAGGAAACCAUAAAACACAUUUCAGGCUAUGCAACUAUUAACCUCUGGUAUGUUACGCCUUUAAAACGUAUAUAUACAAUUUACAACGGAAUGUAUGACUGUUGAAGCUUUUCUUUACAUCGCUUGUAUGUAGUGUACAAACUAUCCAAAAAGCACUUAAUUACUAAGUGAAGACAGACACAAACAGGCUAGACUAUUAGUGAAUGUUUUUGGGGUUUAAUGGCUGGCGGCUGCUCUUGUACUUAGCCAGAAAUUGCAGUGGAUCAGAGCAAGUGAAAAGGAUCAAUGAAACGGUAUGAGAAAGGAAAUGUACCUUUCUUUAUGCAGCUGUGCAUUAAUUAAUGUGGUUUUGCAUCAACCAUUAAGGGUCAGCCUCGCGAAAGCUCCACUCAAAGUGGUUAUACAAUACAAAUGAUACCUGAAUACGAAGAAGUAUUGACCCUCAACAAAGGCCUAGAGCUUCCCAAAGACUUUUUUUUUUUAAUCACGUUCAUGCCGUCGAUCCAGAUAUAGCCUGUAUAUUUCUGGUCCGUUACCUGUUGUGUCUAUAGUUUGCAAAAGCAUUUAUCAACAUUGUGUAAUGUCACUUUUAUACUACCUAGAUAAUGUAUACCAUAUCAUGAAAAAGUAAAAACGUCAUCACUAUGCUGCCUUCAUGUAGCAAACAUUAAACACCGUCAUGUUAUAUGGGCAUAAACUCACUAAAUAAACUGCUUGUGAAUACAUAGAAAUGAGUAAGCACUGUGUAAAUGUGACCUGAAAAGUCGUGUCAAGUUACACUUGUUGUUCCUGUUGUUUUUGCUGUAAUUUAAGGAAGUAAAUCUUCUAAGAGAUUAUAAAUCCGCUCUACGCCAACUUUAAUUUCCAUUGCUUACAAAAUGGCAAGAAAGCCUGUUCUGAAAUGUAUAUAUAUAUCUGAUAUAUAUAUCAAUUAUUCAUUGAUAUUACAAAUACUUCCUUUUGAUUUCAUGCCACAAUUUCACUUUCUGAUGGAAUAAAGUUAAAAAGGCA